GACAGAUCUGUGUUGAAACAUAUGUGUAAAGGCGCAGUGACUAGCGUUGUCAAAUCAAAGCUCAGUAAAGAUGGCAGCGUUAGCAGUAGUGGAAACCCCAUCAGGGAAAGAUGCUCUCGCUGAGGGUUUGCUGGACCUCCUGAGACCCGCUGUACAGCAGCUUGACCUACAUGUGCACUCAGUCAGAGAAAGCCAAGUGGAACUUAGAGAACACAUUGAUAAUUUGGCAUCUGAGUUGUGUAGGAUCAACGAACACCAGAAGGUGGCACUAGACUUAGACCCAUAUGUUAAAAAACUCCUUAAUGCCAGGCGAAGAGUGGUGCUUGUCAACAACAUACUCCAGAAUGCACAGGAGCGCUUGCGAAGGCUGAACCAUAAUGUUGCUAAAGAGACGGCACGCAGGAAGACCAUGCUUGAGGCAUCUGGAGCCUUUACCCCACGCUCUCCCAGCAAACCGUGAUGUCCGAAGUCUCACAUUUUGGGAAUGCACCAAUACACUGUGCUCAAUGCCAAGGACCAACGCUGUAGAUUUGCAGAAUCUUCCUCACAUCGUUAAAAGGGCACUGGGCUAUGCAAAGCACUGCUAGCAGAUCACUGCAGCAUUAAUGUCGGUUCACUUAAGAGUAGUCAGGGAGACAGCAGUGUACAUAUGCACUCAUUUCUUUCUUGAACAUAUGACUUUUUAAUAAAAUAUAUGUGUAUGAAUUUAACUGAUGCUGAAAAAUGCAAUGCUUGUGGAUUUGCUAAUUAUUUGCAAAUUCAGGAUUUGAAUUAUUAUUUAUCAGAACUGUCAGAGACAAUAAUUAGUCUAAUGUACCUGAUAAGUAAAUAUUUCUUGAUCUAAUCAGUGAUAGCAGAUUAUUGUUGUAAUUUUAUCCAUACAUAACAGUACAGUGUAUUAUUUUCUUACCAUAUUUUUUCUUGGGUUUAGACUUUAUACUAAUUUUUAUCUAAUUAUUUUAUGUUGUGAAUGUGUUUCAUGUAUUUAAAGGAUUUUUUUUUCACCCAAAAAUGAAAAUGUAUGCACCCUCAGGCCAUUCAAGAUGUAAAUGAGUUUGUUUGUUCAUGGGAACAUAUUUGGAGAAAUGUAGCAUUGUAUCACUUGCUCACUAAUGGAUCCAUUGCAGUGAAUGGGUGACGUCAGAAUGAGAGUCCAAACAACUGAUAAAAACAUCAGAAGUAAUCCACAUGACUCUAGUCCGUAAGUUGACAUCUCAUGAGGUGAAAAGCUCCUUUCAAAUCCAUCAUUUAGGAUGUUUAAAAGUAACAUUGAGGCCAUAAUCUAUAAUAACACUUCCUCCAGUAAAACAGUCCAUAACAACCUGUUUUUUUUUUCUCACAUUAAAAUGCACCCAAAUAUUUGUUUAACUGCUUUGGACUGUUUCCUCUUGUAAAUGGUGCAUAUUUGCAUAUUUAUGUGCAUAUUUCUGUCCUGAUUCACAAAA